AUGAUCUAUUCCGUCCUGUCGUCCUCCUCUCACUCACCGCUGCACAUCCCGGCUACUUGCGGCACUUCUAUCGCUGAAGCCAGGAAGCACGGCUGUCACUUCGAUCCGAUGAGCUUCUCCUGGCUGCCCCCACGCUGCUACGAUGUCGAGCUCAGCGCGGAAUUCCUGCAGCGCAGCGACUGGGAAUGGUAUCUCGACGCAAAAGGAAUGUUGCCAGUGCCGCGUGAAACCGUGCUGGCCGGCGAGCAUGAGUCCCUGUACGUCUCGUGGGAGUACCAUCUUGUGCACUGCACAUAUGCUUGGCGUAAGAUGCACCGGGCAGUUAUGAUGCAGGUUCCGCUGGACGGGUAUAUCAGGCAAUACGCGCAUACCGAGCAUUGUGAGCGGAUGCUACUUCGGCAGGGGGUUGACUGGAAUACCACCAAUACCAUCAUCCAGACGAAAUUUGUGUCAUCCUCCUCCUUCUCCAUGCGCUUCUGGCUGUGGUCUGGCUCGCUGGAACGUAUUUCUUCACGGCCAACAGAUGCCCCAGCUUGCGGCAGCUGGAGUCCCGUGGCUAGCGCAAUCGAGUAUGAGGAUAUUGUCUUUGACUUGGGUGGAAUGGGAACGAGAGAACAUCCUGUCACUGAAUAUGAAGGGCCGCCAAAUGAGCAGAACAACCUGAAAUGGUAUGGGUUGAUCAAUGCCGGGAUCAUUGCCCUGGACGAUGAGAUGUACAAGAUCCUUGGCCAGACAACAGAGCCCUCCUCUGCAACAGAUGAUACACCACUAAUCCACCUUGAGGUGUUUCAUCAACUGCACUGUCUGAAUUCCUUGCGCAGGCUCAUUUAUAACACUUCAACUUUUGUCACUGGGGUGGGUGCGGAGAUGCAUGUUGACCACUGUAUCGACUAUCUUCGACAGACUAUUAUGUGCCAUUCUGACGUCACGCCAAUCACACACAUCCCCAAGCCUAGCCAUCACCAGCGUGGAGCCCCCUGGAUGCCCAACUUUGCUUCCAAACACACCUGCCGCAAUUUCUGGAAGAUCCACGAGUGGGCAACCAGGUAUAAUACUUCGGGCUGGACCAUUGAGGGGUAUCCCAAUCAAGGGGUGGCCCUGGCAGAAUGA